GUCACCCGUCACCGGGCACCCGGCACCAAACAAGUCAGGCUGUAAAUUAAGACCAAUACUUGUUGAUGUUGACUUGCAUUUUAAUUGUUUAAUUAGAAAAAAAAAAUAUCGAAUGCUCUACUUUACACCCCGCUCCUCAACAAUCGCUGGGCAAGUAAAUAACCAAGCGGAUCCCGUCGUCGGAUAGGUACCUGUUUUGUGUUACCGGAACAUGUUUCCCGCGUUUUCCUACUAAUACACAACCUCUCUCGUCUCGGUAUCUUCGCUUUCGUAUCUUGUUUACAACACCCAUUUCAAAAUCCAAAUCCAAAUAAAGCCAGAUAAUAUCUGCUGCUAGCAGCUUAAGACUACGAACUGGCACCACAUACAAUAAUUAUCUAUCACUUCGACGGUACCUUAGCAUAUUUCGGCUCCAAUAGCUGUGAUGCGGACUUCAAUAUCGACCAGUGGUAUUAUUCAACUUGACGUAGAGCAACAACAUCACAUGCACACAUAGUAGUCGACAUGUCGCACAGGCCCCAUCCCCUCCGUCAAUCAUUUACCGUUGACUACACAACUGCCAAUUCUAUCAACCGGCAACUUUCAACCGCCUCGUCGUCAGCAUCGUCCGGUUAUUCGGCCAACUCUAACAAUUCUGACCCUUCUGACUUUGGGCCACCUAGCGCAGCAUCAUCGGUAACUUCCAACGGAAAUGGCAAACCCGUCUCUACGCACAAACGUGGCAUGAGCGAAACUGCAGUUCGGCAUCCUUCCCCGCGAUCUAGUAUAUACGACGAACCCAAGACGAACCUAGAAAACAUGUAUAACUUGGCUAGGCAAUCCUUACGCCCGCUCCCGCAGCCACCUGCCUCAGGACAGCGAUCCGAAAAGCUCAAGACGCCUCCACGCCGUGACCGCCAGGAACGUGGUCAGAGCGUAGACAUUGGCAGGCUUUCUUUAUAUGAGGAGAAAACCUCGCCUACUUCAACUCCGCUAAGCAAGUCGCAAAAUGCCCGGCCUACUUCCAUGGUGCUCACACGAUCCGAUGCUACACGUCCAAGCUUGCCCGGAAGCCCCACGCACUCCUCUCACCUCAUAGUCCAUCCUACUACUCUCGCUGCCCCCGACUUGGAACAAUUGGGUCGCUCUUCCACCAACCAGCUGCGCACCUUAUCCAAAUUGGCCCAGGAUAGUUCUGCUGACGAAUUUGCUCUUACUUCCCAGGCCCAAGAGGUGGUUGGUCUGCGUGGACGACGGAGACUGCAACGAGCUGGGAACGCGAAUGGCUCUAGGAGUGGACAACGCUGUGAUCGCUAUGGAUUCGAAGGGCGCAAUUGGAUGGACAAGCAGAGACAAUUUCUCCAAGCAUACGAAUACCUCUGCCACAUCGGUGAGGCAAAAGAGUGGAUUGAGGAUGUCAUUCAUCGCCAGAUUCCUCCAAUCGUAGAACUGGAAGAGGCUUUGAGAGAUGGCGUUACCUUAGCUGAAGUGGUGGAAGCCCUGAACCCUAAUCGACGAUACCGCAUAUUCCGACACCCGCGGCUCCAGGCAAGGCAUUGGGAUAAUGUUGCUGCAUUUUUCCGGUACCUGGAUGAGGUCGAACUGCCUGAUUUAUUUCGAUUCGAGCUAAUUGACCUCUACGAAAAAAAGAAUAUCCCAAAGGUCAUAUACUGCAUACACGCCCUGAGCUGGCUUUUAUUCCGAAAGGGUAUCGUGGAUUUCAGGAUAGGGAAUCUAGUUGGUCAACUAGAGUUUGAGCACCAUGAAUUAGAGGCUAUGCAGAAGGGGCUGGAUAAGCUCGGUGUUAAUAUGCCCAGCUUCGGAAACAUGGGUGCUGACUUCGGCGUAGAGCCAGCGCCUGAGCCAGAGCCCGAAGAGACUGAGGAGGAACGAAUCGAUCGUGAGCUGUCGGAAAAUGAAGCCGCUGUCCUCGAUCUCCAAGCACAAAUGCGAGGUGCUAUGCUUCGAAUGCGACUUGGCUAUAUUAUGCAACAACUAUGGGACUCAGAGGACUGGCUUAUUGACCUGCAAGCGCGCAUACGCGGCGACUGGGCCCGGCAAGUUAUUGGUUACAGAUUAGAAAUGCGGAAAUUUGCUACCAAUCUUCAGAGUGCUGCUCGUGGAUUCCUUGCACGGAACAGAAUGGCACGUAGGGAACAUUAUUGGAAGAGUAAGGAAAAAGACAUCACGACACUACAGAGCUUAGUACGGGCCGCAAAAGUUCGUAAUGAAGUACGAGAAACUCGAUCUCAGUUAUCAAAGGUGGAUGGACCUGUACGGAGCAUUCAAGCUGUGUUCCGAGGCCAACUAGCACGUAAGAAAUUCAUUUCCCAGCAACAAGAAACAAGUCGCAUGUCCGGUCCGGUAUUACAACUCCAGUCUGCAAUACGAGGCAUGUUAGCGAGGGAGAAAGUUAGCCGAGAUCUCUACUCGCUUGAAGAAGAGACUCAAGUAGUCACUAGUUUGCAAGCUGCGGUUAGGGCCAUGCUGACAAGAAGCCAAAUUCAUGAACAACGCGAGACGCUGGCUAGUUUUGGUCCAAAAUGGGAAUCGCUUCAGUCAAUAUGUCGUGGUAAUUUACUCAGACAGAAUAUCGAAGCAACAAAAGCUGAACUAGCGCAACAUACGCCAGAGAUUGGGAACCUGCAAGCUCAUAUUCGCGCAGCGGCAGUGCGUCGUGAUAUCACUGAAAAGUUAGAUGCUUUGAGUGAUAACGAACUAUCCAUACUUGAGCUUCAAUCAUUAGCUCGAGGUAUGCUCGAACGACAGCGGAUCGCAGACGAUCUGGAUUCUCUUGAAAGCCAUGCAGCAAGCAUCACAGACCUGCAGGCUAGAAUUCGUGGGUCUCUAUUCAGGGAGCAGCAUAGUCUACUUCUCGAUGAAUUGCAAACGCACGAAGACCAAAUUGUCGCAUUGCAAUCCCUUGCCCGAGCCAUGCUUUUACGCAGUGAUGUCGGCCAACUGCUAGUUGAACUCGACGAGCACGAAGAAUCCAUAGCUGAGUUGCAAUCCUUGGCGAAAGGCUUUAUCGUUCGACAGAAGUUCGCCGCCAAGAAGAAGCAUUUCGAAGAAAACAUGCAGAAGGUGGUAAAAAUUCAAAGUUUCGUUCGAGCUAAACUCCAGGGAGAGGCGUACCGGAGUCUUACAACCGGCAAAAACCCCCCGGUUGGUGCAGUAAAGAACUUCGUACAUCUUCUCAAUGACAGCGACUUUGAUUUUAACGAAGAGGUGGAAUUUGAAAGGCUACGAAAAACAGUGGUCCAACAAGUCCGGCAGAAUGAAAUGCUUGAACAGUAUAUCGAUCAGUUGGAUAUUAAAAUCGCCCUCUUAGUGAAAAACAAGAUCACCCUUGACGAAGUUGUUCGACAUCAGAACACCUUUGGCGGCCAUACCAGCAGUCUCCUAGCCAAUGCCUCUAUUGCUUCGGCUAAUCAGUUUGACUUGAAAGCUCUCAAUAAGAGCUCCAGAAAGAAGCUAGAAUCGUAUCAGCAAUUAUUUUUCAACCUCCAAACUCAGCCACAGUACCUAGCACGGCUUUUCAGAAGACUAAGAGAAUUAGGUACAGCUGAGAAAGAAUGCAAGCGCAUUGAGCUUCUCAUGAUGGGACUCUUUGGAUAUGCACAAAAGAGACGAGAAGAAUACUACUUGCUCAAGCUUAUUGCAAGGUCGAUACGGGAGGAGGUGGACGCAUGUACUUCUAUCCAAGAGUACCUUCGCGGUAACUUUUUCUGGUCAAAGCUAUUGGGCAAUUAUUCCCGAUCGCCACGAGACAGGAAAUAUCUGAGGGAUCUGCUCGGCCCACUAAUACGAGACAAUAUCGUUGAAGAUCCCGCUUUGGAUCUGGAGAGCGACCCGAUGCAAAUAUACAGAUCUGCCAUCAAUAAUGAAGAGCUGCGCACCGGUCGCCCAAGUCGGAGACCGCUCGACAUAACCCGGGAUGUAGCAAUUAAGGACCCAGAGACACGCGAGUUAUUCAUUGAUCACCUCCGCGACCUCAGAGAGAUUUCUGAUCAGUUUUUCCUUGCCCUGGAGGAUCUGCUCGCCCGCAUGCCUUACGGCUUGCGAUUCAUAUGCCAGCAAAUGUUCGAAGCACUAUGCCAACGCUUUCAGCGCGAACCUCAACAUCAUGUGCUUCAAAUCGUGGGCAACUGGAUCUGGCGAUUUUAUCUGCAGCCAGCAUUGGUUAACCCGGAACAAGUGGGUGUAAUCGAGAAAACUCUGAGCCCUCUCCAGAAGCGCAACCUAGGUGAAGUUGCCAAAGUCCUCGGCCAAAUACAUUCUGGCCGUCCGUUCGGAGGCGAGAACAUUUACCUACAGCCUCUCAACGCCUUCGUAGGAGAGUCUAUCGAGAGACUUGCACAAAUCACCAACAACUUGAUUUCUGUUGCGGAUGCUGAAAGCACAUUUGACAUCGACGAAUUCAACGAUCUCUACGCCAAAAACCGACCAACGCUAUAUAUCAAGAUGACGGAUAUCUUUGCGAUACAUUCUCUCGUCGCGCACGAAAUACCGACGAUCUGCCCUAAUCGCGACGACGUUCUCCGUGAGAUCUUGCAAGACCUGGGCAGUGCGAAGAAUAACGAGAGCGAAAUGAACGCGACUGGCUCAUCAGACAUUCAAAUGUUUUUGACGCCGAAACUUCAUGAUGUUGACGAUCCGGAGGCGGAUAUCAAGGCUCUUUUCAUGGAGACCAAGCGUUGCAUCUUGUACAUUAUUCGUGUGCAGACGGGCGCUAACCUUCUCGAAAUCCUCGUUCGCCCACCUACUCAAGAAGACGAGCAUAAAUGGCAAGCUCUCCUAAGAGAGGACUUCGCGUCUGGUAGUAAUACGAAGGGAGCAUACUCGGAUGUCAACAUGGUCGAUGUGACUCGAAUGUCAUACUACGACAUGAAGCGUAACGCUCUGGAGAAUAUCAUGCACUUAGAACAGAUGGGACGAAUUACGAAACACAAUUAUUACCAAGACAUCUUAAAUGCUAUUGCGCUGGAUAUUCGUACAAAGAGUCGUCGCAGAAUACAGCGCCAACGAGAGCUAGAGGGGGUGCGACUCACUCUCGGAAAUUUACACGAGAAGGCCGAAUAUCUGGAACAGCAACGCAAGAGUUACGACGACUACAUUGAGCAGGCCAUGGCUACGCUGCAGAAAAAUAAAGGGAAAAAGCGAUUUCUCCUUCCAUUCACGAAACAGUAUAACCACCAACGGGAGCUUGAGCGUUCAGGCCGCGUCCCCAAGUUUGGUUCUUACAAGUAUAGUGUACGUGCUCUUGCUGAGAAGGGCGUCGUCGUGUCUUGGCAGGGUGUAUCGGAACGCGAUUGGAGCAAUAUCAACCUCACCAUCUCGUGUGACGAGGUUGGCGUAUUCAACCUCGAGGGUAGCCGCGGCCACAUCCAGAUUCCAGGAGCGAGCGCCCUCAUCCCGAUAGAGGAUCUCCUCCAGGCGCAAUUCGAGUCCCAUCAGUUCAUGAAUGUGUUUGAAGGUAACUUGAGGCUUAAUGUCAACAUCCUUCUGCAUUUAUUGUACAAGAAAUUUUAUCGUACGCAGUAAGCCAUGGAGCUGGUUCUCUAUGAAGAACCUGCACGAAAAUCCCAUGUUUAAAGGCACGUCAUCUGCGACGCAGGAUACGAAGGAGCAACGGGGAUAGGACGCAUGGUAUUCGGACAAAGGGGGGACACUGGUGUUUUGUGAAGCAACGCGUUGCUCCUGCGGGCUCGGAUUAAGAAUAAUGAGAGAUAUACGCUGAUGUGGGAUUGGCUGGGAAUAGGUAUUGGAACUCGACUUUAUUCUUCGCAACUAUUGGUACCU